UUAUAUUAAUUCUGGCAAAGGAUGCCUAUUUCACUGGUGGCCUACCGAGAGAGAAAGAGAGAGAGAGAGAUGGAGUGCAUCGCCACACCCUUCUUCUCCAACUCCUGCGUCGUCACACUCAAGAGCGGAUCCAUCGCUCUCCCUUGCCGUCUCCGCUCGCCGUCUCCGCCGAGGAAGCGAUUGCUCGCCUCCCGCGAACUCCGCUGCCAGAAGAUGUAUGUUCCAGGGUUCGCGGAGGCUUCCCCGGAGGCGAAGGCUGCGAGGAAUCUACAGGAUUUCUUCACUUACCUCGCUGUAAAGAUCGUUCUGGCACAGCUCGAGAGCUAUAAUCGUGAGGCAUACGAUGAGUUGAUGGAAUUCAUCAGUGGCAAUUCUUUGAACGAUGGGGAAAAGUUCUGUCAAAGAUUGAUGCGCGAGUCUCCCAGGCACAAGGGUUUAGCUCUUCGAAUCCUUGAGGUCCGAUCUGCAUAUGCUAAGCAGGAUUUUGAGUGGGAAAACUUGAAGAAAUUAGCUUUCAAGAUGGUGGAUGAAUCUAACACUAGGCUUAUGAGGGAUUAUGUGGAGGAAACAAGUCACCUCGAAAGUGAGGGUUAGUCCCUGAAACACAGAUCUUAUGAAGGGUUCUCUUUUAAUCGCUUGAUUUGAUAGAAGGUCGCACAUAGAAGGCAUCAUGCAAAUUAUGUUAUUAAUUGUUAUGAUAUAAAGGAAUAGAAGAAAAGCAAUCAUGAGAUUACAUAAUAUAUGAAUUCUCUAAAUUAGAUCUCCAAUGCAUUAACCUUAUAUAAUAAUUUAUUUUUCAUAAUUUUAUAAUUCAACCUUAUAUGUUAA